GUUGCGGAACGUUCGCCCACCCUUUCGCGCCGCGUCUCACUUCAAUCUAGGAACCUCCCGCGGCUAUUACGCGCGGCUUUAACGUUGCAGAGCUCGUCCGUGGACUACUACAUCGUCAUCUACGUCGUCGUCGUCGUCGUCGUCGUUGUCGUCGUCCGUGUUCAGAGAAACGACAGUCAGUCACAGACCGGCAAGGGGAAGUGAGAAAAAUCGACGUCGUCCGACGUAUCCGUUCCGCGUCUGUUCGCAUUCGAACCCGCGUUGUCGCGAGUUGAGCCUCACACCGACUUCGACGUGCGCUAGCUGCAGCGCAUCGGACGGUGCAUCGACCGUGGUAGCUCUGCUUGUCAGCUUGCGACUCGACUCACGUCGAAGGAUGUUGAUGCACAACGGUAGUGGUAUCGUGGCCGGGCCGUUGGCUUUCGCCAGCAGAGUUGGAGACAUACAGCCAUUACAAGAACGGUUUCUGGGAUGGAAUUUCCCCGCCGAACAUGCCGACCUCGUGCAUCCGCAUUGGCGCGCAUUUCUCGCACCCGGAAGGCUAUGGCACGUCGCUCUUGCGCUUAUUUACCUCUUGCUCCUGAUGUUCUCCCUCGUUGGGAAUGGCAUCGUCAUUUGGAUUUUCAGCACAUCAAAAUCACUAAGGACACCGUCGAACAUUUUCAUUUUGAACUUGGCCGUGUUCGAUCUACUGAUGGCAACGGAGAUGCCUAUGUUGAUUAUAAACAGCUUCUUGGAGCGUACUAUUGGUUGGGAAAGCGGAUGUGAUGUGUACGCUUUGCUCGGCGCUAUUUCCGGGAUGGGACAAGCGAUCACCAACGCGGCCAUCGCUUUCGAUCGAUACAGGACAAUUAGCUGUCCGAUUGACGGUAGACUGAAUGGAAAGCAAGCAGCGGUGAUAGCGCUAUUUACGUGGCUCUGGGCACUACCCUUCUCGAUAUUGCCAAUGACGGGAUUGUGGGGUCGAUAUGUGGCGGAGGGCUUUCUCACAACGUGUAGUUUUGACUAUCUCACGGAUGACGAGGACACGAGGACUUUCGUGAUAACAAUAUUCUUUUGGGCGUACGUUCUUCCCAUGCUGCUGAUUAUUUAUUUCUACUCGCAGUUACUGAAAUCUAUUCGCAUUCACGAGAAAAUGCUCCGCGACCAGGCCAAGAAGAUGAACGUCAAGUCGCUCGUAUCGAAUCAGGACAAAGAGAGGAGCGUCGAGAUGAGAAUCGCGAAAGCCGCCUUUACGAUCUUCUUCCUCUUCGUGCUCGCGUGGACGCCGUACGCGGUCGUUGCUUUAACGGGGGCUUAUGGAAAUCGCGAAACGUUGACUCCACUGUCGACAAUGUUGCCAGCCAUAUUCGCUAAAAUAGUAUCGUGCAUCGAUCCAUGGAUAUACGCAAUUAACCAUCCUAGAUAUCGACAAGAACUGAAGAAGCGCUGCAAGUGGAUGGGAAUCCGGGAACCAGUGGCCGAGGACACCGUGUCGGCGCAGACCCAGAAAAUUACCGCGGAAGAAUCGUAAUCUCACUUGAUCGGCGGUCGAGAGGAUGUUAAUCGAUCGUGUCGCAUUCUCAAUACGAAUGCAACUUUGAUUGGUCGCCUAGAUAUAUAUUUUUCCUUUUAAACUUUAUCUUCCUCGUAAAUGUGUAGUUGGAUAAAAACUUUAUUCUGGAAAAAGACUCGCGAAUAAAAGAGGAUUACGUGUUGUUUAAUUUACAUGCAUCGAGCUGUUACAUAAAUAUAUUCAGAGCAAAUAUGAAA